AUGGCUCCGAAUUGCCUGACCGGCGCUUGCCUCUGCAAGAACAUAGUAUACCGCAUUAUGUUACCCACCGAAUCAUUCCCUAAGGUGAUUAUCUGUCACUGCACCAACUGCAAACGCUAUACGGGCUCCAGCUUUUCCGCCAACAUCAUCGUGCCAAAAUCCAGUCUAGAGUACACGAAGGGGACACCCAAGAUGUACUUGGACCACGGCGACAGGGGCGGACAGGUAAUGCGCGAGUUCUGUCCUGAUUGCGGUACGCCAUUCACAUCAUCAAGCGAUGAUCAGGAAGUUGCUGUGAAGUCGGGAACGCUCGAUGAAGGACACCGACUUAAUUGUGCGGAAUUGGCAGCGGAGAUUUACUAUCAUCGGAAGGAUAAGUGGGUGGAUGAUAUGGGAAAUGAGGAUGUUCGGAGGAUCAAUGGUAGUAUGGGUUAG